AUGAAACCCACACUAAAAAAUAUGGUGUUGUCACUCGAAAAUAAUGUUCUAAAAGUAGGCACAAGAAGGAUUAGUGCUAAAUUUAUUGAACAUCAAAUUCAACCAGAGCAUGGAACAACAACACUUGCAUUUAUUUUUAAAGAAGGUAUGGUCAUAGCUGUUGAUUCAAGAGCUACUGCUGGUUCGUACAUAGCAUCACAAACAGUGAAUAAAGUGAUUGAGAUUAACAAAUAUCUUCUUGGAACAAUGGCUGGAGGUGCAGCAGAUUGUUAUUAUUGGGAGAAGCUAACAGGUCUCUACGCAAAAAGAUAUGAACUUGAAAAUGGCACUAGAAUAUCUGCUGCUGCGGCAAGUAUGUUUCUGAGCAACUGUGUAUAUAGAUAUAAAGGAUAUGGGUUAUCCAUGAGCACAAUGUUAUGUGGAUACGACAAAGAUGGGCCUCAAAUCUAUAAUGUGACUGACCAAGGUGCGCGUAUUAAAAAUCAUAUUUUUUCUGUAGGUAGUGGCUCAACAAUCGCUUUAGGAAUCUUAUCUGCUAGAUAUAAGUAUGACAUGACAAAGGAAGAGGCACUCGCGCUUGGAAAGGAUGCUAUAUUCUAUGCUGGCCAUAGGGAUGCAUAUUCAGGCGGGUCAGUGAAUUUAUACUUUAUGAAUCACAACGGCUGGGAAAAGAUUGGUAAUUUUGAGUUUGAAACUAUUAGAAAUGAAAAAGAAGUUUAA